AUGGGUCUUUCAUCAGAGAGAUAUAUAGCCAUUAGGCUUCUAAUUAUGUACCUGGAUUCAAGAAAAUCUGCUCAAGUUAGUGAGAUCGUUAAGGGGUUUGAUGGGUUUGAUCCUACUGUGCAUAAUUGCUUGAUUAAUGCCAACAUUCAGUGGGGAAAUCUUGAUCAAGCUCGCCGCUUGUUUGACGAAAUGCCUGAGAGAAACGAGGUUUCUUGGACUGCCUUAAUAUCGGGUUUGAUGAGGUAUGGAAGAGUGGAUGAGUCAAUGUGGUACUUUGAGAGAAAUCCAUUUCAUAAUGUGGUUUCUUGGACGGCGGCGAUUAAUGGGUUGGUGCAGAAUGGGUUGAAUGCUGAAGCCCUGAAGCUUUUUCUGAAGCUGCUUGAUUCUGGGGUCAGGCCUAAUAGUGUUACAUUUACUUCUGUUUUGAGAGCUUGUGCAGGGUUUGGUGAAAUUGGUUUGGGGAUGAGUGUUUUGGGGUUGAUUGUUAAGACUGGCUUUGAACACAAUAUAUCAGUUUCUAAUUCCUUAAUUACUUUGUGUUUGAAGACGGGCGAAAAGGCUUUGGCCAGGAGAAUAUUUGAUCAAAUGGAAAAGAAAGAUGUUGUCUCUUGGACUGCAAUCCUAGAUAUGUAUGUUGGGAUGGGGGACUUGAGAGAAGCGCGUCGAAUCUUUGAUGAUAUGCCAGAAAGAAAUGAAGUUUCUUGGAGUGCAAUGAUUGCGAGGUACAGUCAGAGUGGACAUCCUGAAGAAGCAUUGAAGCUCUUUCUUCAGAUGUCCGGCAAUGGGUUUGUCCCAAAUAGGUCCUGUUUGGCUAUCAUUCUUAGUGCGCUGGCUACCCUCGAGGAUUUGCGAGUGGGAAUGAACAUCCAUGCACAUGUUGUAAAAAUUGGAUAUGAGAAAGAUGUUUUCAUCAGUAGUUCUCUUGUCGACUUGUACUGUAAAUGUGGAAAAACUAAGGAGGGCCGCGUGGCAUUUGACUCAAUGUUGGAGAAGAGUGUGGUCUCGUGGAAUUCUAUGGUUGGUGGGUAUUGUCUGAAUGGACAAAUGGAAGAAGCUAAGGUGUUGUUUGAUAGCAUACCUGCACCGAACAAUGUGUCGUGGAAUACUAUGGUCGGAGGUUACUUAGAGAACAAAGAAUUUGAUAAGGUAUUUGAAGUAUUUAAUGAGAUGCUUUUGUGUGGAGAAACUCCAAACACAUCCACCUUCUCAAGUGUGCUCAGUGGUUGUGCAAGCAUAGCCUCGUUAGAGAAAGGAAAGAACCUCCACGGAAAAGCAAUUAAACAUGGAACCCAGUAUGAUGUUUUUGUCGGCACAGCCCUCGUUGAUAUGUAUGCGAAAUCCGGGGAUAUUAAGAGCUCCAAGAAGGUAUUCGAUCGGAUGCCUGAGAAGAAUGAAGUCAGUUGGACUGUGAUGAUUCAGGGGUUAGCAGAAAAUGGUUUUACUGAGGAAUCUCUGCUUUUGUUUGAGGAAAUGAAUAGAACUUCAAUUGUUGCUCCUAAUGAGCUCAUGCUUUUAUCGGUUCUUUUCGCUUGUUCUCACACUGGCUUAGUUGAUGAUGGAUUGCAGUACUUUAAUUCAAUGGAGGCUGUUUAUGGUACAAAGCCAAAGGGAAAACACUACACCUGCGUGGUGGAUAUACUGUCCCGAUCAGGACGCCUUGUAGAAGCUGAAGAGCUUUUAAAAUCCAUGCCAUUCGAACCUGAAACCAAUGCAUGGUCAGCUCUAUUGAGUGGGUGUAGUAAACAUAAAAAUGAGGAGAUAGCAGAAAGGACAGCUAAGAAGCUUUGGGAAUUAGUAGAAAAAAACUCUGCAGGGUAUGUAAUGUUGUCAAAUAUUUAUGCUUCAGCUGGAAGAUGGGUUGAUGUUCUGAAUAUUAGGAGAUUAAUGAAGGACAGGGGAUUGAAGAAGAGUGGUGGCUGUAGUUGGGUAGAGGUGAAAAAUGAAGUCCACUGUUUUUAUUCAGAAGACGCAUCUCACUGUCAGUUAGCUGAGAUUUAUGAUCUUUUAGAACUUGUACGUUUUGAAAUGCUAGCCAUCUAG